GUGAAAAAGUUGCAGAAGGGUCUUGUGUUUCCUCUGUGUUUGCGGAAGGUCUUGUGUUUCCUCUGUGUUUGGGGAAGGUCUUGUGUUUCCUCUGUGUUUGCAGAGGGUCUUGUGUUUCCUCUGUGUUUGCGGCUUGCUGAAGUUUUGGGUUAGGCAGGUGUAGAUUCCAUUCCAGCCCCCACAAGUCAGAAACUCAGGAACCUAUUCCCUCAACUCUCACUUUCUUUUACAUUUUAAUUCUUUUAGCCAGAAAUAGUGGUGAUUCAAAAUUACAAAAAUAUAAGCAAACAGAAGAAAAGAUAUUUUCCCCAAAUCCUGUCCCAAGCCUCUUGCUGGCCACCCCACUUGGCUUGCACAGUACCCUUAGAUCCCACACCAGGGCCGGCCUCUGUACUGACUGUCCCCCACUUUCACCCAGAGAGCUGCAGAGCCUGCAGUACUCACUUGAUGGGGGACCUACAAGACACUUUUCCAUACCCAAGAAUCAGUUCCUACUCCUUCACUCUCGAAACUUUGCCCCACUUUACUUCUCUUGAAUGAAGUUACUGCCGCUUGACUCAUUAGUCCCUAGUGUGAGCCCAUGAUGUAGCCCCUGUACACAGGAGAUGCUCAGGGAUUUGUGUGGAUUGAUAGCUGCAGAGGUACAGACUGUUGUGUUGCCAUUUCAACCUCUCUUCCUCUCUGCAGUGGGAACUCUAGUGCCACGGAUUGAGGUCCUGAUUAACCGAGUUAAUGAGGUUCAGCAAGAAGGGAAAGCCAGAGAAGAGCUUGGAGAGCCAAGAACUGUCUGGGAUGCUCUGCAGAAGGAACUGGAUGCGUUACAUGAAGAAAAAGUACGACUAAAGGAGAUCUUCAGGAAAAAGCAAGAAACCCUGAGAAUCCAUCAGCUGCAUUGCCAAGAAAAGGAAAAUGAGGCCCAGAGGAAGCACACCAUGUUGCAAGAGUGCCAGGAGAGGAUUUCUUCUUUGAACUCCCAGAUUGAGGAAGAGAAGAAUAAACAGAGGCAGCUGAGGUUGGACUUUGAGCAGCAGCUGGAGACUCUGAUGGGCCAACACAAGGACCUCUGGGAAUUUCAUAAUCCGGAGCAGCCAGCAAGGGAGAUCUGUGCCCUGGACAGCAACAAGGAGCAACUGCUGAAGGAAGAGAAGCUGGUUGAGGUGAAGCUGGAGGAGGUGAAGCAAGGGCUGCUCUCCCUGAGUGGUCCUGAGGGGCCCUCCACCCUCAGUGAGGGGUUCUUCCUCCGAAGCCAGGAAGUGGCAGCAGUGGUGGAACUGUUUAAGGAGGAGAACAAGAAAGCUGAGGAGCUUCUGGGGGCUGCAGCCAAGCAACACCAGCAGCUGCGGCAGAGGUGCCAGCAUCUGCAGCAGAAGCGGUGGAGGCUGAAAGAGGACUUGGAAAAGCAUGGGCCUCAGAUCCUUGCUCAAUCCCAGAGCAUGCAAGAAGGGGCCACCUCGCAAAAGGAAGUGGAAGUCUCUAGAAGUCUGUGAGGAAAAAGACCAGGAGCCACUCAUCAAGCAGGGCCUGAUACCCUCCUAAACCGUGAUACCAUGAAGACAUGUCCCUCACCAAUCUUAUCUCAUGGGGAUACAUGAAAUAAAAGAUAAAUUUUGGUACAGCCUAUCUCUGCUGAGUCUGGGCUAGGUGUGGGUGGGAGUGGCGGGGCCCAGGCAGAGGGAUACAAAUGUGGGCCUUCUCAAAAGGCUGAGAAGCCCUCCCCGUGAUAAUGUAAUUCCUUCAGGUAGACCUAGAUUACUCAAAUUCUCACAAAAAAUGAAGCUAAAUCUAGAAUUCAGGGCCAGCCAGUUGCAUAC